GCCUUGCAAGCGAGUGCUUCGCGGCAGUCGCCGCCCAGGCAGGCACCAGCGCCUGCAGCCGCUGCACCACCUGCACCUACACCCCCUGCGCAAUAUGCGCGGGUGAUGACACCCAUGCGACAGCUGCCACACACACCUCGCACCACACCCUUCUCCUUCCAGUGGCAGCCCUCUCAUACACAGCUUCCCCAAGUUUCGGCUCUCGGCUUUUCGAGCCCACACCUGGUGACCCCACGUCGAGUGGCCAUUUCCCCUGCACCCUGCCGGCCAAUCUCCCAAGAGCAGCAAGCGCUGCGCUCACCAGCGAUGCGGUCCUACAGGCAAGCAGCUCAAGCGCAGGCCGUACCGGCCCGUCCAACAGAAAAGCAAGUCGAAAGGCCUAA